CAAUUGAUCGUUAAUUGCUACUGUUUUACUCGAGAAUAGAAUAUUUUCAUUCCUGUUGAUGUGAGAAUCAACUUAAUUGUCCAUUUUACAUAUUCCAUCAGUGAUUAACAUGAUAGAUUUAAGAAAAUUGUCUAAAAAGACUAUCGGAAUCGGUGUUUUUUCUUUAGUUGGAUUAUCACUUUCUCUUUGCAUUUUGGUCCUGAUACUUGGAAAAUCAUCUUCAAAAUCCUCACCAUUAAUAGAAAAAGAGAAAAUUUUAUCCCAAUUCAAGGUUCCAAAAUGGAUUAAUCAUGAGAACCCUGAAGAAAUGAAAAAUGCUUUCAUAGCUGAUAACAAUUCAGAUAAUGAGACAAUUUAUAUCUGUCGAGCAAAUCAUGGAUUCGAAGUAUUUUCGAUUGAUAUUGAACUUAUUCCAGGCGUUUUCGAUCCAGUACGAAAAAUUUGUACAAUUUCUACUGGUCAAAGUGCCUACGAAUAUACUAAAUUUGAAGUGCUAACGGUAGCAGAUGAAUCAUCAUUAAUGUGGAUUCAAUGCUCGAAUGGUGAAUUACCUCUUGGCUCAGUUGUUUCGGGUAUAUCGGUUACAGAUGAUGAAGUACCAAUUGCGAAAUUGCAUCACAAAGGAACAACUUGGAUCGGUCGAGUUCAAAUAAGAGAUCACGAAGCUUAUGCUACUUUCGAUGGAGCCCAAGUUAUUCAACCUUAUUACCAUAUUCUGAGUUUACGGGACAUUUCAUUGUGAUAACACGUGAAUUGCGAUCUAAUCAAAACAAUUAAACACCCAAAUAAUUAUCUCGACACAUUAUCAACAUGAUGAUAACUAUUUAGUUCAAUUAAAACAAUGGGCGUCUUUCAACUGUGAUAAACAAUAAAUCUCUUGGAGUUUUAAUUUGA